GCCCCUUCCCUUCCCCUCCGGCCGGGGCAUGGCGGUGGGGCCGGUGGAUUGCCAUUGUCACCUGGCUGCGCCCUGCUUCCAGGCGGACGUGGCGGAUGUGGUGAGGGCAGCGCAGCAGGCGGCGGUGUCGGCCCUUGUGGUGGUGUCGGAGCGGGCGGCGGAGUUCCCGAGUGUCCUGGAGCUGUCGGAGAGAUUCCCAGGGUUUGUGUUCCCGUGCCUGGGACUUCACCCGGUGCAGGAGGUCUCACCAGAGGAGCAGCGCAGCGUUGCUUUGAAGGAUCUGGAUGCUGCAUUGCCGCUUAUAGAACUCUACAAAGAUAAACUGGUGGGGAUUGGGGAAGUUGGACUAGAUUUCACUCCCAGAUUUGCCAGCACGGAUGAACAGAAGGAAGGACAAAGACAGGUUCUGAUCAAGCAGACUGAGAUAGCGAGAAGACUGGAUUUGCCUUUAAAUGUGCAUUCCCGCUCAGCUGGAAGACCGACCAUUAACCUCUUAAAGGAACAAGGUGCUACCAAGGUGUUGCUCCAUGCCUUUGAUGGGAAGCCAUCUGUAGCAAUGGAAGGGGUGAAAGCUGGAUACUUCUUCUCCAUUCCUCCUUCCAUUAUAAGGAGUGAACAGAAGCAGAAGCUUGUGAAGCUGUUACCACUGGAAAAUAUGUGCUUGGAAACUGACUCUCCUGCUCUGGGGCCUGAAAAACAGGUGAGAAAUGAACCAAAGAAUAUCUACAUUGCUGCAGAAUACAUUGCCAGAAUUAAAGGAAUUCCAGUUGAAGAAGUUAUAGAAGUCACUACAGAGAACGCACUGAAAGUAUUCCCCAAACUUCGGAACUUUCUUCGGAUAUAGAUUGGGAAACUGAAAUGUAUGAUAUUGCAGACACUGUUAUUUAUGGUGUAAUUAAUAAAGCCAAUAUCCAUCUUGUUUUAAAGUGGAGCUUUGGUGUUGCAAAGUUCAAGAAGCGAGCAGAGUGUUCUAAAGCUGCAUUGGAUGAAUACAGGGAAAUUCUCAAAUACCUUUUGUAUGCACCAUUGUCAUCUCUUGGAUGUGAUAAAGACAGGUUGCUCAGUUGCA